AUGCCGUCCCCGAUGACCACCUUCAUCGCGUUCGCCGACCCCGCAUUAUACUCUUACCCGACCCAGGCGCCAAAGGUGAUCGCACUGGAAGAAUGCGCACCUCCCGCCCUGCCCUCCCACCCGCCAUCAACCGUAGCUUCCGAUGUUGACAUGUACUCGACGUCAUCCGGCUCUUCUUCUUGCUCUUCAAUGUCUGAGGAGUACGAGGACGACGAGGAGUCGGAGGAUGAGGCCUGCACCUCGUACUGCUCUUCCGAUGACGCCUCGCCCGACGAGUCGCCGCUACCCCGCAUCGACGACACCUUCCGUGCACGCCUGCGCCGGAUCGAGUCGUGGCGUGAUAUGAUGCUCGCGUCUACAUUACCUGAAGAUCACCCAACACGGCCUUCAACCCCUGUUCUACAAAAGCGCAAGGCAGAGGCGGAAGAGGACGCCUUCUACGCGCAGUGCCCUCCGCGUAAACAUGCGCGCUCGUCACAUUCCCUUGGCGCUCUCGCCUGUCCGGCAUGCGAUGCCGACUUUGCCACACCCAGCUGCCUCCGCAACCACGGGCGGGCAAGUUCGAGCGAGAACGACGCCUGUCGCGUAGCCGUGGACUUCCAUUUCGAGCAAUGA